GUGCAAGAGGACGGUUUUGAAAUUUGGUGUGAUGAGAAAAAAGUUCACUUCUACAAAUGUCAUGGCAUGGGUUACGAUGCCAUAGAAUAUCUUCAGAUUAAUGGUGACUGUACUCUGUCUGGAGUCCACUGGGGUGGAAGGUACUAUAUUAUCCCCUAUAAAACAGACUUCCCGGAUAGAAAGUUGCGUGCGGGUCAACGCAUCCUGAUGCAUGCUAUCCCAAAGGGUAACCGUUGGAAUUUAGACCUUCUAGGCAGAGGUGACGAUAUCCUGUUCCAUUUCAACCCUAGAUUCAGGGACAAGCAAAUCGUUCGGAACUCCUUCAAAGGAGGUGAGUGGGGCAGAGAAGAGCGUGAAGGACCAUUCCCAUUUGAGAAAAAUCACGGUUUCAAUCUUGAAGUGGAGAAUGAACCCUAUUCCAUUCAGGUGAGCUUACGCGGUGUCCUUCUGUGGGUUAGUGUAGUCUACCGUACGCUCACCAUAUCUUUAUCUUCACAUUUGAUUCUCAACGAUUUGUUACAUGAGCAAAAAUUUGAAAAUUUUUUACAGAUCUUCGUAAACAACGAGCGCAUAGGCACAUUUGCACAUCGUACACCACAUCCGACUGAAGACUACACUGGAAUGAGGAUUGAUGGUGAUGUCGAAGUGACCAACAUCGAAUUUGUCUAA